CGCGCAGGCCGGCUACCUGAGACGCAUGAAGAACCGAGAGGAAAGAUCCCAGCAUUUUUUUGAUACAUCAGUACCACUGAUGGAUGAUGGAGACGAUGAUACUCUUUAUGAUCGGGGUUUCACAGAUGACCAGCUGGUGCUCCUGGACCAGAACACACUGAUGGUGGAGGAGAGGGAGCGGGAGAUCCAGCAGAUUGUGCAGUCGAUUUCUGACCUAAAUGAGAUCUUUAGGGACUUAGGAGCAAUGAUUGUAGAGCAGGGCACAGUCCUUGAUAGAAUUGACUAUAACGUUGAACAGUCCUGUAUCAAAACUGAGGACGGCUUGAAGCAGCUUCACAAGCUGUGGCAGGCUGCUCUAAGCACGCUCAACCCCAACCCCACGGACAGCUGCCCCCUCUACCUGAACUGCGCCACCGUGGCCGCGCUGCCCUCGCGGGUGAGCCGGCACAACAGCCCCUCCGCAGCGCACUUCAUCACCAGGCUUGUGCGGACUUGCCUGCCGCCAGGAACGCACCGGUGCAUCGUGAUGGUCUGCGAGCGGGCUGAUGCCUUCGCCUCUGCCUGUGCCCUGGCCCGAGCCUUCCCGCUGUUCACCCACCGCUCAGGUGCUUCCAGACGCACAGAGAAGAAGACGGUCACAGUGGAGUUUUUCCUGGUGGGACAAGACAAUGGGCCAGUAGAAGUGUCCACUUUGCAAUGCUUGACCAAUGCCACGGACGGCGUACGGCUGGCAGCCCGCAUUGUGGACACACCCUGCAAUGAGAUGAACACAGACACCUUCCUUGAGGAGAUUAAGAAAGUUGGAAAAGAUCUGGGGAUCGCCCCAACCAUCAUCCGGGACGAGGAGCUGAAGACCAGAGGGUUUGGAGGAAUCUAUGGUGUUGGCAAAGCCGCCCUCCACCCGCCAGCUCUGGCCGUCCUCAGCCACACCCCCGACGGAGCCACCCAGACCAUUGCCUGGGUGGGCAAGGGGAUCGUCUACGACACCGGGGGUCUCAGCAUCAAAGGGAAGACUACCAUGCCCGGGAUGAAGAGAGACUGCGGGGGUGCUGCAGCCAUCUUAGGGGCCUUCAGAGCUGCCGUCAAGCAGGGUUUCAAGGACAACCUUCACGCGGUGUUCUGCUUGGCCGAGAACUCAGUGGGGCCCAACGCAACGAGGCCUGAUGACAUCCACCUGCUCUACUCAGGAAAGACAGUGGAAAUCAACAACACGGAUGCCGAGGGCAGGCUGGUGCUGGCGGACGGCGUGUCCUACGCCUGCAAGGACCUGGGGGCGGACAUCAUCCUAGACAUGGCCACGCUGACCGGAGCACAGGGCAUCGCCACGGGCAAGUACCACGCUGCCGUGCUCACCAACAGCGCUGAGUGGGAGGCGGCCUGCGUGAAGUCCGGGAGGAAAUGCGGGGACCUUGUGCACCCCCUCGUCUACUGUCCCGAGCUGCACUUCAGCGAGUUCACCUCGGCCGUGGCCGACAUGAAGAACUCCGUGGCGGACCGGGACAACAGCCCCAGCUCCUGUGCCGGCCUUUUCAUUGCCUCACACAUUGGCUUCGACUGGCCUGGGGUCUGGGUCCACCUGGACAUCGCCGCGCCUGUGCACGCAGGUGAGCGCGCCACGGGCUUCGGGGUGGCCCUCCUCCUGGCACUCUUCGGACGAGCCUCUGAGGACCCUCUGCUGAACCUGGUGUCCCCGCUCGGCUGUGAGGAAGACCCCCAGGAGGGGGACACGGACAGGGACUCCAAGAGGCGCAGGCUGGUGUGAGGCUGGCUGCCCGCCUGGCCCCGUGGCAGGGGCUCUGCCUCCCUUGGCACUGAUCAGUUUUAAGCAGUUGGAAGAUUAUACCUUAAGAUGGGC